ACUUGGUUGGAGCCUCUUCCAGCACUCUUCAGACACACAGAGAUACUGCAGGCUUUCACAAAGUACCUGUUCUACUACCCUGACACCGCUGCGGAAAAUGCAACAGAUCACACCAGAAGUUGGCUCUGGUGAGACAGCCCCAAUGGGUCUCCAAAUGGGACAGCCAACAGCUCUAAAGUUAUAUCUGUGGAAAGCGCUGACUGAGAAGUUCUUGAAGGGUGAGCCCAAGGUCCUUGGGGUUGUCCAGAUCCUGAUUGCUUUGAUGAACCUCAGCCUGGGAAUAAUAAUGAUGUGUGCCACAUUGCCAUUUUAUGGCUGGAAUCCCAUUUCUGUCUUCAUAGGGUACACAGUUUGGGGGUCAGUGAUGUUUAUUAUUUCAGGGUCCUUGUCAAUUGCAGCAGGAAUCAGAACUACAAAAGGUGUGAUUCGAGGUAGCCUAGGACUGAAUAUCACCAGCUCAGUCUUGGCUGCAUCUGGGAUCAUAAUCACUGGAAUCAGCUUGACUUCUUAUCACUACCUGCGGUAUUACUGUGGUUAUCAUCGAUCAAUGCCACAAAAUUGUGCCUUCUUGUCAUCCAUUUUAGUAGCCAUGGAUGCUUUGGUGCUCCUUUUCAGUGUGCUGGAGUUCUGUGUUGCUGUGUCCCUCUCCGCCUUUGGAUGUAAAGUAGUCUGCGGUAACCCUGGUGGGAUUGUGUUUGUCAUGCCCUCGAAUCCUCAUGUGGCAGAGACAGCACCUACAGCACCGUUUUCAGGAUAUCUGACGCCUCCCGCAGAACAACAGAGAUAUAUUCCAUAAAAUGUACCCUGAGAGGGAAUGCAAGAA